UAUCGUUUGGCCCCGGUAGACCUGGGGCGCGGGCCGUUACGUUCUCUGAAUGGUGGUAGUGGUAUCAAGGCCCCCGAGAUUUGGCUCAUGUGAACAAGGACGAAUUAUCAGUGAUCAGAAGAAUCAGAGGCUGGAAUUGAGUUUUGAAUUAGAUGCGAUAGGUCCAUGGAACUGUGAUGGAGGACAGCGCAAUCGAUGGCCUAAAACAUUAUGAGGAAGCAAUCAAAAGAGAUGUCAUGUUUGAUGAAAUCGCUGACAAACUCGUCCCCAAAGAACUGCUGAAUGGGGAGGAAUUUUCCAUCAUCUCUAAACUGUCAUCUAAUUCCAAGAGAAUGGAUUUCUACUUAAAACAAGUUUUGCCAUCUAAAAAUAGAGGCUAUGCGUUGAAAUUCUGCGAAGUUCUCAAAGAAGCUGGUUUUCGGUGGAUUGUCGACAAGAUCAUCCCACCAAGAAAGGACGAAUCAACUAGUAAGAAAAGGAAAUCUCUACCAACUGAGCCCAAAAUCAAAGCAGCCACUAAAAAAUCGGAGAAUGAAGACGUAGUUGAUGCAAAAAGGGCUUGUGCUGGAUCUGUUGAAAAUGUGGCUCCAGCUGAAAUAGAUCAUGUUAAUGCAAGAGAAACACUGUCAGGCGAUGUAAAAAAAACUAAGCCCGAAGAAAUGGUUGUUGAUGGCAAUCUUGGUGUUUCCAAGGAAAUGAUUGAUAUUGUCUCAAACGACUUAUAUGUGCUCAAUGGAUGGGUGUCGCUUGUGCACUCGCUGGAGAUGGAUAGCUGUUUACCUCAGCUUCGAUUUGAGAUGGCACUGAGUCCAAGCAGCACAACUACCAUCGUUACGACACUUUUAAAAAAUUGGAUCAACAUGAAUCCCAAGAAGGCAAACUUGGGAGCAUUGAUACAAGGACUCAAGGAGUCAAGGUUCUUCUUUGCUGCCUCCAAGCUAGAAGACGCAUUUGGUACGCCGCAACAUGGCCAAUGAUGGAGUUGAUUGCAGUGCCCACGCAUCACCUAGGAGGUUUUAAACCUUUCUCUUUGUAAGAGUUUUACUCAAGAUAUAAUCUUCAACGCAUUUAUUUUGCUACCUUCUUCGAUCUCUUUGUUUGAGAAUAUAAUGAACUUAUCCACUUACUUUUGAUGAUAGGAACCAAUUUUGUAUAAUUAAUCUUUAAAUCCAUCAAUUUUAGACUGUUUGCAGAGGAUAAAUCUCAGUGAGUGAAGGGCUAUUAUGCUAGUAUUACACAUUUAAACUUAAGUUUUAACUAUCUUGAAUGAAAUUUAGUUAACUUGUACCUGAAUAUUGAAUUGCAUCAAUGCUUGCCUCUUGGAUUGGCAUACUUUGUGGAGCUAGCAACUUACAAAAGAUGACUCAGGAAUAUUUCAGGGUUCCUGAAAUCCCAAGUAUUUGACACCUUUUAACACUAAUUUUGUGAAUAUUUACUAAGCAACCUACACUUGUUUGUCUGGUUAAGAAAUAAACGUAGUCAAAUAGAUUUAUCAAAUUAAAUGCACAAAGUUUGGUUCAAUUUUUAGCUUAUAUUCUCCUUUAUUAUAUGAAGGUUCACAAGAUGAAAAAUAAAAAAAUUGCAAUUUCAAAAUGACAUUAACAAAGACUUGAGACAAAAUAAAAUAAUCGUACAUAAUUACUCAUGUAUGUACAUUGAAGACAUGGUUCAGCUUUUGUGGGACACAAAAUGGGAAAAUACAAAUCAAUUGGUUUUAGCGUGUGCGCAAUUUAGUUAAAGAGAGCCCAGUGUUAAGGCACAGCCCUAGAAGCUUCAUGUAGUCGCCUACACUUUGAGCAAUUUGCAAUAAAAAAUGGGAUAUUGGCAACAAAAAGACGCAAGGUCAAUUAGAGAAAAGAAUAAAUACAAGAUCGUGUAAAUUUUUUACACUAAAUUAAUUCAAUCAGAGAGAUACUUAAGAGACGAAAGUGCAGCGCACUUAAUACAAAUUUAUGAGUCCAUUGACCUGUUACUAUCAGCUUGAGCAUCAUCAAUUCUGUCAAGUCAGGCUUCUCACUUUAAAAGUCAUGUCCUCGAUUUUCAAGAAAUUGCAGAUUCAAAACUAGAUUGGCCACAGCAAAUAAUUCAGGAAAGUCUGCACAAAAGUUAAGUUGGUUGCUUUUCGCUAUAUUAAUUCAGUCUAGCUCGAAUUUCAAAAGUGAAAUAAUGCUUUGGUAACAAGUCAAGGAAGAGCAUUUUAAGAGACAAGGAGGAGGGGGCGAGGAAAUUGUUGUUAUUACUAAAAACUCAUAUUCUUCCCUUUAUACUCAUUGUAAUAAUGACCGUUUGAAACAAACGUGGAUAAAAUAUAACGGAAGUAAUACACUCAAGUCAAACAGAAUUUGAGUGAACUUGGGCUUUAAAGCUAUGUUCUAAGACUAAUAUAGAAAAUCUUGCAAAUAACAAAUUUAAUUUCAUGGUUUGAAAGGCAAGCCAAGGCAAUUGUGAUGAAAAAAACCAUUUCUGCUGGCAGCAUUAUAUAUCAAAUUCAAAUUAUUUUUGACUCUGUUGGCUAAUAGUCAGUUUUAUCAUUUAGAAAAUUGUACCUAUGCUUGAAUAAUGAAUAUAAUGGUGAAGAAAGUCACAAUUAGCACAAGUAGGACAUUUUACAUUUCAUGACAAAGGCUAAUGAAAUGACUUACAAUAAAGUCGGUUUAGCAAAAAAA